AUGCCCCAAAUACGGCCGCUACAUCCUAGUCUCCGAUCAUCCCCAUCAGUUCAAUCGCCAUUUCGCUACAUCUCGAGCUCUUCCAAUCUCCGUUAUGUGAAAGUCAAGCGACCAUGGUUCAGGAGGCUUGCCGCAAACUGCCUGAUUUUCGGAGUCGCCAUCUAUGCUUGGAGCGGAUUCAUGCUAGCGGCCUACGAUGAUAGCCUACAAAGUGCAGGUUUUCAGAAGAAAACUUCUGACAAUCGCGCACGCUCCAACCCUAGCGGCGACAAAACGGCGACCACACAUGAGGGGCAGCCACUACACGAUUCAAAGGGCUUCUUCAUCCCGCUUGGCUGGCCGCAAUUAAAAGAGGGCAAGUUUUACAAAGCAUCGGAUCCUGAGUGGAAAACAUUGGUGAAGGUGUCGAAGGACAAGGAACGGGUUCAAGCUCUCAAAGGUUUAAUUUAUUCUCAUCAUAUGUGUUGCUUCGAUGCUUACUAG